UUCUUCUGGGUUUUGAUAACAGAGAGAGAGAGUCACUCAAAGGAUCCGCUUCUUCGUUCUGAUCCACACUUAUCCUUCUUCUCUCAGAUUUUUGUUUCCUGGGUUUUGUCUGAGAGGAAUCAGUCGGCGAACCUACGAUGAGUAGCAGGCGAACAGUGAAGAGAUCAUUGAUUUUAUCUGACGAUGAAGAUGAAGAUAUCUUUUACAGCUUCAAGGUUCUUCUACCUAACGGUACUAGUGUGAAACUCACACUUAGUAACCCAGAUCCAAAGAUGUCUAUGCAAAACUUUGUCAACCUCGUGAAGAUGGAGUACGAAAAUGCUAGGAAAGACUGUGUUUUGCUGUCUAAGAGGACGAGGGUUGAUUGGAACUCAGGCGGAAAGUUUUCUCUUGAGUCAAAUGGCGAGAAGAUGAAUGGCAUUGUUCGUUUUGCUGCCUUUAAGCCGAACAUUUGUCAUAUAAUACGCCUUGAUGACGGUUCUGGUAUAGCUUCCACCAUGUAUGAGAACUUGUGGGACCUGACACCUGAUACUGAUCUGCUUAAAGAACUACCUGAAAAUUAUAGCUUUGAGACAGCUCUCGCGGAUCUGAUAGACAAUUCCUUGCAAGCUGUGUGGCCUUAUCGUGAAGGAGCUCGGAAACUGAUUAGUGUGGAUAUUUCUGCUGACCGGAUUACAGUCUUUGAUACCGGGAAAGGAAUGGACAGUAGUGAGGAAAAUUCUAUUGACAAAUGGGGUAAGAUUGGGGCGUCAUUACAUAGAUCUCAAAAAACCGAUGCUAUUGGAGGCGACCCACCAUACCUUAAGCCAUACUUUGGGAUGUUCGGAUAUGGAGGUCCUUAUGCUUCUAUGUUCUUGGGAAGGCGUACUUUGGUGUCUUCUAAGACAAAAGAGUCCAAGAAAGUAUUCACUUUUCAGUUUAAGAAAGAAGCCUUGAUUGACAAUCGGUCUAUUUUGGGAAAAAACUGGAAGACUGAUGGUGGCAUGAGGGACCCAUCGGAGGAGGAAAUUAAGUUAUCGCCUCAUGGAAGCUUUACAAAGGUUGAGAUAUUUGAAUCAGAAUUUGACAUCUCCAAAAUAUAUCAACUCCAGUGCAGGCUUAAGGAUAUCUACUUUCCUUACAUCCAGUGUGAUGAACUCUCCAAAACUGGGAGAACUGAAAGGCCUGUAGAGUUUCAGGUCAAUGGGGAAGAUUUAGCUGAGAUAACAGGUGGAGAGGUUGCCAUUACCAACCUACACUCCACGGGUCAAGUAUAUUCAUUUGAGAUUCGAUUCACUCUCUCCGGUGGGAAAAGAAAAGGGACAACCCAAAAGGCAAACGCUCGCCUGAAGUUUGUUUAUUUUCCAAUCGUCCAGGGAAAAGAAAGCUUUGAGAAAAUUUUGGAGAGUUUAGAAGAGGAAGGAUGCAAAGUUUCUGAAAGCUUCCAAACUUUUGGUCGUGUUUCAGUAAGAAGGCUUGGUCGUCUACUUCCAGAAGUCCGUUGGGAUUCAAUACCGUUUAUGGUGAGAGGAAAUAGAGCGUCUACUUUGCAGAAAGGCUCCCGAAGAGUAAAAUGCUUUGUUGAUUUGGAUGCUGGUUUUAGCCCUACGCCGUCCAAAACCGACCUUGCGAGCCAAAAUCCUUUCUCAGUAGCUCUAAGAAACUUUGGUAAUAAACCGACGGAGAAAGAGAAGGAUGAUGAUGUCAGCUUUGAGAUUUUUAAAGAAGGAAAGAAUGUCAGCUACGCGCAAGUUGACGAUAAUUUUAGAGAUUGGGUUCUGAAGAUGCAUGAUACCCAUGAUGAAGAAGCUGCAUCGGGUGAAGAUGAAGCUGUCCUCAUUGUUGGAUCACUGGAUAAAAAGGCCCUUGUCAUUUCGCGUGAUGCUGUGAGGGUGCACAAGGUAGUUACGAGAAAAGGAAUGUCAUGGAAACGUGGUCAGAAUAUAAAGAUUCUGAGAGGAGCUUGUGCUGGGGUUCACAAUAACAAUGUGUAUGCCACCAUUGACUAUUUUCUAAUAGAAGGGUUUGAGGACGAAGCAGGCGGGGAUACUCGGAUUUUAUGCAGGCUUAUCGAUCGCCCUGAGAGUGAGGGAUGCAAGCUGUCAAUCAUCGAUGGAAUUUCGAAACUGGAAAUUGGGAGGUCUUUAUCUUUACCAGUCACUAUAAUCGACUCUGGAAAGUGCCUACCUGUAGAUGCAAACGAAUGGAAUAGAAAACUUGAGAAGCAACAGGAAAAGGCACCGUCAAAAAUUGAUUUGCUGGAUGAGAGAGAUUGCAGAGAAUUGGGCAUUGAUGGGGAAUUACCAGUUGGUGAUUCCGUGCGUGCUGGGCGAGCUCCCCCAAAACAGAUUGUAGCAGUUGUCCGACCUGCAUGCUUCACGUCUUCAACACCGUCCAAGAAGUUGGACCAGUUGAAGUUGGAACAGAAACAUAUUGUUAAGAUGGAUGAAGAAAUGGUCAUGGUAGUAAAAUUGCUAGACACAAAUAUGAAACCGAGUGAUAAGAAUGUCAAACCUGUGUAUUCGCAGCGCUUGUGUCCUACAUCUCGUAAAGGGAUUAGUGGUCUCUACAUUUUUUCACUUGGGUCCAAGUUACCGAACCUUUUCAAGAAAGCUGGCACUUACAAAUUUUCUUUCUCCAUUGGAAAUUCGAUUAAGUGCAACAAAACGGUGGUUGUUAGGCCUUCUUCAAAGGUAGCAAGGUGGGAACUUGACGAUAAUCUGGAAUCCCUUCCAUGCAAUGUUCAGGUGGGUUCUUCUCUUCCACCAUUCCGUAUCACUUGCUUUGAUGAGUACAAAAACCGGAUCCCGUUCACUACUGUUCCAAGCCUGGAAGUUGAACUGGAAGCUAACCCUAGAUUCCUACUCAAGAUUGAUCAAAUUGAGGCCGACCUGAUAGAUAGUGGAUCAAUUCUUAAAAUUGAGAAUAUGCUCGUUGAGACUGGUGAGUUAGACCAGAUCAGGCCAACUUACGAAGCAACCUUAGAGAUACGCGCAAUGGACAAGCCUUUUUCUGUCUCGGUUGCUUGUAAAGUUAAUCCCGGGCCUCCGGAACGAGUUGCUGUGAAUAAUCCCAAGGCUUUGGAUAAUUUGCUUCCCGGUUCUACUGUUGAAGAUUUUAUCCUUGAGAUGUUCGAUGGAUAUAAUAACCAUGUUGCAGAGGGGACCGAUGUUCUGAUACAUAUUGAUGGGUACCGUAUCGAAGACUGGAUGGGCGUCAACCGUAAGGUUGAUGGUCGUGGCUGCAUUGAUCUCUCUGGCCUUCUUAAAGUCACAGAAGGCUAUGGGAAAUCUGUAUCACUGUCCGUAAUAUAUGGUAAUGAAGUUAUCUUCAGGAAAGAGUCUCAAAUUGAGGAACGAGAGCUAAGACUUGUAAAAGAGCUGCCCGAAUGCUGUGCUGCUGGUUCAAAUCUCGUGAACCUCAUCUUCCAAGUGACGGAUUCAGAGGGUUCUUUGGAUGCUAGCAUCCAUCAUGACGAAAAAUCUGGGUGGUUCCAUACAAUGAGCAUUGAAUCUGAUUCAAGUAGCGUUGAGAGCGAAAUCAGAUAUGCCUUUGUCCAUGGAUCCUGCAGAGUUCCUUCUCUUUCCCUCCCAGAGAACGAGGGUGUCUUUGCUUUCAGGGUGUUCCAUUCGCGAUACCCUGAGCUGCAUUUGAGCUUAAAGACUCAGGUAACAUCUGCUUCCUCAUAUGAAAGAGAAGGGACUGGGUAUUCAACACCUUAUCCAAGGACGACUACACCACCUGAAUCAGGAAUCCCUUUAAUCACAAAUCCAGGGCUGACUCCAUGUUCACAGAUUGGAGUGUUGGCCAUUAGGUCAUCUUCAUUGGCUCUCAGUAGCCAAACUAGCCUGAUGGAUAUGGCACAGUACGCUGAGAGCUUAAAAGAAAAAAUCAAUACAUACGAAGAAUACCGAUUUGAAGUAGAUAAGCACCUAGAAAGUUUGCAGGCUGAACAUGAACAUGCUGAGCAAGAGUUGAGUGCGCUGCAAGCUUCUCUGGAACCUCUUGGUGCAUCGUUCCCAGAAUGCCUAUCCACAAAAGAAUCUAUGAUGAAACAAAUCGAAGAGAAGCAUCAUGACACUGCAGCAUCGGUUUUCUGCUGUCUGUACAGAGAGGCUCCACCUCCACAGUCUUUUUUUCUGUCAAACAAAGGAAUGUUUGGCGUUGUAGCGCUUCUCGGUUCAGUUGCCUCCACCUCCCUUAGCAGGGUUUUGUCUGAAUAUUUGGGGAAAGACACAAUGCUUUCAUUGGUGUGCAAAUCAUCACAAUUUGGACAGAAAAGCGAUGAGUAUCGCAAGCUUCAAUCUGAAGCAGCUAGCCACGGACGAACUAUCACCAAUCGGUUUCUUGUUAUUUGUCUUGAUGCAACCAGACCUUGGAGGAAUGGAGUUGUGAAGAAUGAUCCUCAGAAGAGAUUAGCCAUGGAUAGCCCUUACCUGCCGAAUGGAGAUCCUAUUCCCGGUUUCAAAGGCUACGGUGUGAACAUGAUACACUUAAAUUCAGAGGAGCUGGAUAUACAAUCAAACUCGGGUCAUGGGCUUAGAGAGACGCUAUUCUAUGGGAUUUUUGGAGAGUUGCAGGUAUAUGAGACCGCAGAGGAUCUCGAAGCAGCUCUUCCUCACAUCAAUGGAGACGCUGUGUCUCUAGAUGGUGUGAUCGCCAGAGAAAACGGUUUCAUAUACUCUGGUUGCUGUACACCGGAAGUUCAUUUUCCAAUAACCGUAACGGAGAAGCAAGAGAAGGCAUUGGUGCGAAUGGAAAUAGCAAGAGGCAAAAAGAGAAAGGCUGAGAAGGAGAUCGCCGAGGAGAAUAGUAAGAAGCGUAGGUUGGUGAAAAAGUUGAAGAAGGCAACGGAGAAGUACGAAUGUUUAACAGCUACGGCAGACUCUUAGGGUUUUUUUUACUUUUAAAAAGUUUUCUUAAUGUCGUACUUUUGUAAAUACUAGCAAAUGACUGGAACAAUUCGGUAGUUUACUUAAACGUUCUUGAUAUUUUGGUAAUAUAAAAAAGGUUUGAUGUU